CCCAUUUUCAAACAUCGUUCCCACAAACUCACUACACUUCAGAAAGAACAAACCCCGCAGUCCUCACAACCAAGAAGAAAUAAAUACCUGUCGGCCUAAGUCUUUUCUUCCGCCCGUCGCAUCAUGGUCCUGGAAGCAACCAUCCUCGUGUUGGAUAACUCGGAAUGGAUGCGAAAUGGCGACUACACUCCCUCGAGGAUGGAGGCCCAGGCGGACUCUGUUACUCUGUUGUUCAACGCGAAGACGCAGUCCAAUCCUGAGAACACCGUAGGCCUCAUGACUAUGGCUGGGAAGAGCCCAGACGUAUUGGUGACUCUCACCCCCGACAUUGGUAAAAUCCUCACGGCACUCCAUCACAUCGACAUCAAAGGCAACGCCAACCUAAGCACCGGGGUGCAAAUAGCGCAGCUUGCCCUGAAACAUCGCCAGAACAGGAACCAGCGGCAGCGGAUCAUUGUGUUUGUUGGGAGCCCAUUGAAGGAGGAUGAGAAGACCCUUGUGCGUCUAGGGAAGAAGCUGAAGAAGAACAAUGUUGCGGUGGAUAUCGUCAAUUUCGGGGAGGAGCUUGAGAACACCCAGAAGCUACAGGCCUUUGUUGAUGCUGUGAAGAGCAACGAUAACAGUCAUCUAGUGUCCGUUCCACCUGGCCCACACAUCCUCAGUGACAUCUUGUUGGCAUCACCCAUUAUCUCCGGAGAAGACGGAGCGCCGCCCGGUUUCUCGAACGCCGGUGCCUUUGAGUUUGGAGUUGACCCCAACUUGGAUCCCGAAUUGGCAAUGGCCCUCCGGAUUUCCAUGGAGGAAGAGCAGGCACGACAACAGACGACCACCCCUGGCGCACCAGCUGCAGGUGCUAGUGAGCCAAUGCAAGUGGACGCGGCUUACUCCGGAGCUGGAGCUGUUGCCGCUGGAGGGGAGGAAGAUGACAUGCUCGCACAGGCAUUGGCAAUGUCGCUUGGUCAGCAGGAGCAGACAGGAAUGGACGUAGAUGCCGCGCCGCCAGCAGCUACCGGAGCCAACGUGGACAUGAACUCCAUUCUCGGAUCGCUGCCUGGUGUCAAUUUGGACGAUCCACGAUUGAGGGCGGCUAUGGGUGGAGCCAAGAAGGAGGGAGAGGGCGAGAAGAAGGAUGAGAAGAAAAAGUAGUUGGGGGAUCAUGUUGGAUGUAAGGCUCUAUCUUCCUGAACAUAGGUGUAUGCAGUGAAUUGGCACAGCAACGAAUCUUGUGGGAUAAGUGUGAGCUUGCUUUCGAUUGUCCGAAUCAGGAUCUGUUUCUAGGUGAAGAUGGCAUUCCAGAGUAGUCGAUUUCCCUCUGGUAAUGGUAUGCCCGCACAACGAACCGGAAUGCAAAUUCGAUUACAUGCGGA